AUGCCGCCUUCGGUUGUGCUAUGGUGUCUACACUCUCUGCAUAUUUACUUAGAGAUCGAGAUCGUUUUAAUGGUCGUCAAAGUUGCUGUCUUCGUCAUUUUUGGUUGCGACCUCGAGCCACAUUCCAACGAACCAUACUUAGCCACGUCUCUUCAAGACUUCUGGGGUCGCCGGUGGAACCUCAUGGUUCCCGGGAUUCUCCGACAGGCUGUUUACACUCCGAUACGCCAGGUCUCUAAGCGGAAACUGAACUCAGUGUUGUCACUGUUUCUAGGGUUCUUGGUCACGUUUGUAGUGUCCGGCGCAGUUCAUGAGCUUAUGUUGUUCUGUUUAACACGUGAGUUGCCGACAGGAGAAGUUACUAUGUUCUUCGUUUUAAAUGGAGUUUGUACUGCGGCUGAGGUGGUGGUUAAGAAGAAGUUUGAGCGGCGGCUCUGGAGGAUGAGUCCGUUGUUGUCGCGGGUGCUUACGGUGGGGUUUGUGGUUGUGACUGGUGGUUGGCUGUUUUUCCCUCUACUUAUAAGGAAGGGUAUGAUCGAGAGACUUGCUAACGAGGCCUUGUUUGUCAACGAUCUAAACGGACUAAUCCGAUCAGGCUUUUUGAUUGAUUUAUAUAUCUGCUGGAUUGUGCAGCGUAGAAAUCUUCAGAACGUUCACAUGACCAUGAGCAAUGACUUGUCUGAUCUUGUGAAACUUGGUGUCUAUAUGUUUGGUUCGUUCAUGAUGAACAUUGUUCUUUGA